AUGACCAAGCUCGUGCCAUAUUUUGAAGGCCGAGACAAAACAGACGCGCUCUUGGUUGGCAAACCACUUAUGCGAAGGCCCAUUAAAUUCAAAAUCUGCGAGGGCACUUCCGUCAAUGCACAAAAAUUCAAAUGUAGUAAAAGAGAGAAGGGUCUUAUAAGAGAGCCCGCUCUAUUUGUUGCAGAACAGAAUCACUGA